AGUCUUUCGCCCCGCGAAGUUACGAAAGAGCAGAUUCCCACCCCCACGCCGGAGCUGUAUAAAGCGCUCCCAGCCCUGCGCCCUCCGGUCGCCUCCUCUCCCCUGUGCGAGCGCUCGGGCUACAGACCGGCUGACUGCGGGGAUCUGCGCUGCUCUGAGUAGGAUGGCUCAGGCGGGGAGAUUCCUGGCCUGGCUGCUGCUGGUGGCCCUGGGCCUGCUGGGUGGUGGAUGCCGAGCGGAGCGGGACUGCAGAGUGAGCAACUUCAGAGUCCAAGAGAACUUCGACAAGGCUCGUUAUACUGGCACCUGGUACGCCAUGGCCAAAAAAGACCCCGAGGGGCUGUUCCUGCAGGACAAUGUGGUAGCCCAGUUCACCAUAGAUGAGAAUGGACAAAUGAGCGCCACCGCCAAAGGCAGAGUCCGGCUGUUUAAUGAGUGGGAUGUUUGCGCUGACAUGAUUGGCUCCUUCACUGACACUGAGGAUCCUGCCAAGUUCAAGAUGAAGUACUGGGGCGUAGCCUCUUUUCUCCAGAAGGGAAAUGAUGAUCACUGGGUGAUCGACACAGAUUAUGACACUUAUGCACUUCAUUAUUCCUGCCGCCAACUAAAUGACGAUGGCACCUGUGCUGAUAGUUACUCCUUUGUGUUCUCCCGGGACCCGAAGGGAUUGCCACCCGAGGCACAGAGAAUUGUCAGGCAAAGGCAGGUCGACCUCUGCUUGGACAGAAAAUACAGAGUUAUUGUCCAUAAUGGAUUCUGCCCUUAAGGAAUUUUGAAACUAUGGAAGCAAAUCAUGUAACAUCAAUAUGGAUGUAAAGUUUACAAUUUGACUGUUUUGUUGUAGACCUUUAAAGCAGCUUCAUUCAAACUUAAAAUAUAUUUAUCUGAGCUCUGUAGCUCACCCUGUCAAUAAACCAAUGAAACUUUUAAUAAACAUGGAUAACAGGGAAUGCAUAUUGUGUAAAUAUAAAAAGGUGAUUGUUUUAUUGGCAAAAAUAUUAUUUUACUGCAAUGUUUAGAAAUAGGAAUCCAGAUGGCGGUACUUAAGUAUGUAAUCUUUUGUUUUUUUCUUAUUGGUUUUUGACUUUGUCUAGUAACCUUGCAGGCAAAUAUUUUUUUAAAAUCCCUAAUAUCUAAUUUUAAAAUGCCUUAAGUCCUCUUGACUUAUUGCGGCUUCUUUAUUGGACUCACUAGAAAGCAAAAUAGUAUUUAAAUACAAAAGGAAGUUCAUUGAUCACAUCACAGAAUAGCUUUAUUUUAUUACAUUCAUACUUGACUCAAGAUGUGUAAAAAUGCACCAUUUGUAAUGAGCCUGUUUUUACACUUUUAAGAAAAAUAAACAUUUCUAUCUACUGUAACAUUGCUGAAUCCAGCAAAAUGGUGCCAGAGAUUGACUAGUUCUAAGGACCAAAUUUUCAAAUGUAAGACAUACCAGCAAAAAUGAUCAUGCACUCAUUGAAACAGCAAAAACCACAUCUGCCUACUCAGAUUGGCAUUUUAUGCAUAAAGGUAGUUUGCACAAAAGUAUGUUCAGGCAGCCAGUCACCUAAUUUAUACAUGCAAAUGCCUUUUUUUAUUUUAUGGGCUUAGUGAUUGCAUGAAAAUUUUUGAGGGUGCACUUUUUACACCCAUUUUUUAAAAGUUGGUUUCUAUUCUUACUGGCAAAUGGAUAGUAAAACUGGGGCAUAUCCUCAGUAAAUUGUCUUGGCUCCACUGUAGUCAGUGGACAACUUACACCAUCUGAAAAUCUGCCCCCCUGGAGUCCACUUCUUCUCUGAAGUUACAUUGUUUUACAUUACUGUGCCUCCACCAAUGCCAGUGAAGUUACUCCUGAUUACAUCACUGUGA